AAAGUACCUGACUGAGUGAGAUAGAGACAAAACUAAUAUCAUAUUGCUUAUUCGUGAUCAGUUUGCAUUGUAUUACACUGGAAAAUCUAAGUGGAAUAAAGUAGCUUUUUAGUCAAGCCUUGUCAGUUUUAUAGACACAUUUCUUCAAUUGAGUCCUUCCAUUUCCGUGUCCAGUGAAUGCAACAUUCGAUAUUCUCGCGAGAAGUGAGCAGACGGAAACGUGGCUUUGUGGCUGAAAUACAAAUACAGUACUGUAAGACAAAAAAUCUGCACACUUUUGCAGUCAUAUCAGUAGUUAAUUAAGUAACUGAAAGUCACACAUAGACAUAUCAGAUAAGUACAAAAUUUGAGAGACAGUGGCAACUGUCAACAAGCUCUUUUCAUCGCUUGCUUGUCAACACAGGGUUUGGAGGCUCUCUCUUCGCAGCCGUGAAGGGAAAGGAGCAUUCACUGGUCGUCGUUGAGCAGCUUGUCAGCGACCAUGGCAGAAAGCCUUUCUCCGGGUGAAUUCUCCAGCUCUCUGACGAGCUCCGCCAGCCUUCCUCCGCCAAGGACUCGUAUCUUUAAAAUCAUCGUUAUCGGGGACUCGGGGGUAGGCAAGACAUGCCUGACGUACCGCUUUUGCGCCGGAAAGUUCCCCGAGAAGACAGAGGCCACGAUCGGGGUGGACUUCAGGGAGAGGCUGGUCGAUAUUGACGGCGAGAAACUCAAGAUCCAGCUGUGGGACACAGCAGGCCAGGAGCGCUUCAGGAAGUCAAUGGUGCAACACUACUACCGCAACGUGCAUGCUGUCGUCUUCGUCUAUGACGUGACCAACGCUGCCAGCUUCCGCAGCCUCCCCGCCUGGAUUGAGGAGUGUAAGCAGCACGCUUUGGGCACAGAAGUGCCCAGGAUACUUGUUGGAAACAAGUGCGACCUCCAAGACUCUGUCCAAGUAGGAACAGACGUGGCACAGCAGUUCGCUGACUCCCACUCCAUGCCUUUGUUUGAGACCUCUGCUAAGAACCCAAACAGCCAGGGCGGCAUAAAUUCUGGCAAUAGUGACCAUGUCGAGGCUAUUUUCAUGACGGUGGCUCACAAGCUCAAGUCUCAGAAGCCUCUGGUGUUGAGCCAACCUCCUGCAGGAUCAGGAGCGAGCAUCAACUUGAGCAGCAGAAUGGAGGAUGGCACUGAUGGGUCACGGGGUUGGGCUUGUAGCAGCUGCUGAUUGGCGGAGAGACAAGACCAGAACAAUGAAUCAUGCGGAUGCACAGACUGAUUCACAGCCACAAGAAAAUCAACAGUUGCACAUACCUGUGCUUACAUUCAUUCAUUUGUGUCAAGUUUUGGCUGGAUAGCAAGUGGAUUACUGUGUUGGAAUGAAAAUGAGAUGAAAUCAAUUCAUCUAUCUUUUGUGCUCUUUGGCCACCAACAAAAAGCCCUGAAGCAUGAAUACAGAAUUUGAAAUGUACCUGCGAUUGUUGGGACAAUGGUUGAAAUGUGAAAUUUAAGCAUGGUAAACAGUCAGCAGCAUUUACUCUGUUUCUUCUUUGUCACAAUAAAAUACCUCAGUUCUUGAGAACUGACUUCACACUAGUAGAUAUGGCAA